UGCACCAUAAGUUAGCUUGUCAACCGCCAAUAAACACUACACGAGGAAGAAGAACAGAAAACAGGAGUUUCGCUGUUGCUAUCGGGUUCACUGCUAAAAGCAGUAUGGAGGGUUUGAAGUCCUCUAGCAGCACCAUGCAGGUGAGUUUUGUCUGUCAGCGCUGCAGUCAGCCUUUAAAGCUGGACACAUCCUUCAACGUGUUAGACAGAGUGACCAUCCAUGAACUCACUGCUCCGUUAGUAACUGUAACAACCAGUAAACAGCCAGACAGCUGUGAGGGCAGCAGUGUUCCUGAGGAAACCUUUUUGGAGAGCAAACAAGAUGGUGUUGCCCGAAAAUACAUUGCAUCUGCACGGUUAAUGUCGACUGAAAGCACAAACAGCUUCACUCUUAUUGGAGAAGCUUCAGAUGGAGGAACUAUGGAGAACUUGAGCCGCAGACUGAAAGUGACAAGCGACCUGUUUGACAUCAUGUCUGGUCAAGCGGAUGUUGAUCACCCUCUGUGUGAAGAGUGUACAGACACACUCCUGGACCAUUUAGACACACAACUCAACCUUACAGAGAAUGAGUGUCAAAAUUACAAGAAUUGUUUAGACCUGCUAUCUCAGCUGCAAGAAGAGGAGGAGGCCAGUUUACUGGCUGAGCUGCAGCAGCUAAAACAGAAGGAAGAAUCAAUGGUUCAGGAGCUAGAGAGCAUCGAGGUGCAGCGUGAAGCUGUGGCCAAAGAGUUGGCUGAAGGGCGCAUCCACUGCCAACACCUGGACACUGAAGAACUUCAGUAUCAAAAGGAAUACUGUGAGUUUAAGCGGCAACAACUAGAGUUGGAUGAUGAUAUUAAAAGUGUGGAUAAUCAGAUGCGUUACUGCCAGAUUCAGCUGGAUAGACACAAGAAGACCAAUGUUUUUAAUGCCACAUUUCAUAUUUGGCACAGUGGGCAGUUUGGAACAAUAAAUCACUUUCGACUAGGGCGAUUACCCAGUGUCCCUGUGGAGUGGAAUGAAAUUAAUGCUGCUUGGGGUCAGACUGUACUUCUGCUGCAUGCUCUCGCAAGCAAGAUGGGGCUGCACUUUCAGAGAUAUCGACUUGUUCCUUAUGGAAAUCAUUCUUAUCUGGAAUCUCUCACGGAUAAGUCCAAGGAGUUACCCUUGUAUUGUUCAGGUGGUUUGCGCUUUUUCUGGGAUAAUAAAUUUGACCACGCUAUGGUGGCCUUCCUCGACUGUGUGCAGCAGUUCAAAGAGGAGGUGGAAAAAGGGGACACAGGGUUCUGUCUGCCAUACAGAAUGGAUGUGGACAAAGGCAAGAUUGAGGACACAGGUGGCAGUGGAGGAUCUUACUCUAUAAAGACUCAGUUUAACUCGGAGGAACAGUGGACCAAAGCCCUCAAGUUCAUGCUUACUAACCUUAAAUGGGGUCUGGCCUGGGUCUCUUCUCAGUUCUACAAUCGCUGAUUCUUAUUAUGGCUUGAUAUACAACUCUGACAAACAAUAUGGUAUUGAGUAAUGGAAAUUAUUACUGAUUUUGCAGUGUUAUACUAGAAAUAAAAAAAAGACAUUUUGUAACUAAAAGCUAUAAAUAAAAUGAACUAUAUUAACUGUAAAAUGUAAUAUAUUCACUUGAUGUGGUUGAAUUAAAGUUUACUGCUCAGUA